GAAUCAACCAAUGACAUUCACAAGUGUAAGUGUAAUCUUUCAAGCAUUUUAUUGAGACAUUGAACAUCGGCAGCGCUGCAUAGAGAAAUACUUCAUUUCGAAUAUGGCUUUACUAACGGUGUUUAGCAGUUGGUUAAUGCAAAUUCCUUUACUAAUGUGCUGUCUUUUUCUGACCUGGAAGAUCCUGAAGUACCUAACUUUAAAAGAACCUGAGAUUCGAAACGGUAAAAGCAGACGGCUUGAUUUUCUAGAAAAUGUGAGUGAACAGUUAUCAUAUUCAUUAAAUGGUGUUGGAAAUAUUGCUUGCGUUAUAUCUCUUAAGUCGAAGGAAAGCCUUCCCGUUCAACAUAUUCAUGAUGCUUUGGUUGUGUUAGUUAAACGUCAGCCAAUGCUACGAGCUGUAAUACAUACCAAGGCUGACGGCCAACAAUACUUUGAAGUCAAAAGCAUUGAGGAAACUGUUCCGCUAUUUGACAUCUCGAAAUCUGAUGCUAAGAUUUCUGAAUGGCAAGAACUAAUAUACAAGCACACUUCAAAUGUUCAUAAAUUUAUCUUGCCAUGGAAAGCUGUCGUACUUCAGGAAGAAUUUGAUGCAACAUCACAAAGUAUUCAAACAUGAUAUUGUUCUCUCUAAAACAUGCGUGUUUGGAUGGUGUAUCUGCUGUUAAGUUUGUUGAACAGUUUAUGAACUGCAUGAAUGAGAUAUCGAGUCGUGUCACCAAUGCCGACAUGCACACGAUAAGUUUUCCGUUACUGCCCAGUGGACACGAUCUUGUCACGCAAAAAAAAAUUGGUCAUUCUAUAUUUCGAUCCAUGGUUACUAUUUUCGGACUUCGACCGGUAUUAGAUUUUUUGUUGGGAAAAAUGAUUUCUUACGUACUCAAAAAGAAGGCUAUCAAUCCAUAUUACAUACGAUACCCACAUCUUCAGUCUGCAGAAAUACGCCCAGAAUCACAACCAUGUCUAAAUUUAAAAGCAUUUUCUAUGGAGGAAACUAAGUCGAUUGUUGAUGCCUGCAGAGCUAACGGCUGUACGGUUACUGGAGCAAUAACAGCUGCUGUACAUCUGGCGUUCUACGACUUGAUUGGUGAAAAAGAUGAAGAGAAAACGAAGUUGGAAACCUUUUAUCCGUUAAAUAAUCGAUCGUACGGUGAUCCAAAGGCACCAGAAGAGUAUCUUGGCUAUUUUGUCUAUUUUCUCUCCAAAUACAUGAAGUAUCCCCGUUGCUCACAAGGAGACUUUUGGAUGAUGGCUAAAGAAAGCACGGUUCAAUUAAAACAGACUGUGAGUAAGAAAGCAUUUAUGACAGAAAUGUCGUUGAUGAGUGUUCUUGAUCCAAAACUGCUACUUGACAGUUAUUGUGAUGAAAGUGCUUUCUUGAAAUCCAUAACCAAUGUCAUUUCAAGUUAUGGUGUCUUUAAUUCUUACAAUUCACAGGCAUCUCAAAUGACCUACAGCUUGGAAAAUUGUUACGUACUGCCCAUUGUCCGUGGAAAUAACACCAUGUUUACACACUUUGUGUACACCAUUAAUGAUAAACUGACUUGGAUGAUAAUAUCAGACGUACACAUUCCAAGUGCCCAUGCUGGACAAUUCAGUAAUUACAGUUUUAACAUAUUACUCAAUAACUGCUCUGUUGUAGAAAAAAGUAUGUAGAAUCAUGUUUCGAUUUUGUCAAGUAGAACGUUUACACGUGUUUAACAACAGGGGUGUUUACGGGUGAGGGGGAGAGGUAAAUGGACAGGGACAGUUCUUUUUUUAAAAUUAUAUGUCAAGUUUAGUACCCUGAAAUCCCUCACUAGCAAGGUAGUAUAGCUAAAAUGUUAAUUGGGAGAUGUUUGUUCAUACAUUCAAUUGUGUCCGACAUGUUUUUUUGAAAGUAAUUCAGCUUCCUAAAGAGCUCACAGCUGAAUACACAAAUAGACACUCCCAAUCAACAUUCUAGUUAAGGCCCUGUUCAUUAGUGAUAACGUAACAUCAGUGAGCCCCCCUCCCCUCCAUAAUGACAAAAUUUUGAAAAUGCACCUCUGUGUACAACAAUACACGUAUGAUGUUUUUUUGUUUGAUUUAAUAAAUUAAAUGUUUUUA